AUGGCUCAAACUCAGUUCACGCGGAGCUCCGAGAGCGACGCAUGGGCGCUGCUCGCUCUCAAGUCGGCGCCCGCCUCGCCAUCCAAGGUGCAGUGGGCGCAAGAGCCGGCGCCCACAGCUAUCGCCAGACUAGAUGGACGCGAUUUCGAGUACCUGAUACGCCAGAAACGCGUCAUAAUAGGCCGCAACUCGAGCCGCGGCCAGGUGGAUGUAAACAUGGGACAUUCGAGUUUCAUUUCACGUCGCCACCUUGAACUAUUUUAUGAUCAUCCCGAGUUUUACCUCACGUGCAACAGCAAGAAUGGCGUGCUCGUCGACGGUGUGUUCCAGAGGAGGGGCGCCGCGGCUAUGCUGCUGCCAAAAAGUAACCUCUCGAAGAUGGGCAAGCCAGACGCAACCAGCACCGUUGCAAAAUGUCCGUACGCUGUGGUAGUCACCAUAAGGCGUACCACAUGCUCGUUUGCUGCCAGCCCCUUCAGAAAGUUUCAUCUAUAUUUUAGAUUGACUUCUGUAUCGCUGGAAGCGUUGCGCUUGUUCGACUUCCGAGCUCGUCUGCAGUCCGCCUACAUAAUGGGAUCGCUUUUAUUUCGCCAUGUGUGCGUCGCUAUAUGCGCGGUGCGUUUUGCACGGUCGCCAUGUUUGGAGUGGUCGUAUUUGUGUCGCAUAAGAUGUAGGGCGCCGGCUGUCGUGGCUCGGGCGGCCUUGGGCGGUAUC